UCUUUACCUCCUCCUGCAACAAACCAAACCCGCAGAAACUGUCUCUGGUUUUUCCUUUCUCCUUUUUCUAACGCCUUUUAAGCAUUCGUUCAUGGCAUUUUCUUCCUCUGCGCUUCUUCUUCUUCCUCUUCCUCUGGUGAAGAUUGAUUAUUCCUGAAAUUUGAGGUGAUCCGGGGAAUGUGAUGUUUUGAUUUCGUAUCUCCGGCUUCGAACAGUACUGUUUUCGUUCUGUUUUGGUGUUUUCUCAUUUUGAUUAAAGAGAUAAAGGGGUGGAAACUGUGAUUUCUCAGGCGAGAGUAUGGGCUAUCUGAAUUCGGUGUUGUCAGCUUCAAGCCAGGUUCAUGUUGAUGAUCAAGGGCCUGUCAGUGGCGGCGGCCUCAGCCAAAAUGGAAAGUUUUGCUAUGGAUACGCAAGCUCUCCAGGGAAAAGGUCUUCAAUGGAAGAUUUUUAUGAGACAAGAAUUGAUGGUGUUGAUGGAGAAGUAGUUGGUCUCUUUGGAGUUUUUGACGGGCAUGGGGGUGUACGAGCUGCUGAGUAUGUGAAACAAAACCUUUUCAGUAAUCUGAUCAGGCAUCCAAAUUUCAUUUCUGACACAAAAUCAGCCAUAGCUGAUGCAUACAACCGUACAGACUCUGAAUUUUUGAAAUCAGAAAAUGCCCAGAGCAGAGAUGCUGGAUCAACGGCUUCCACAGCUAUUCUUGUUGGUGAUCGCUUGCUAGUUGCAAAUGUUGGGGAUUCCCGAGCUGUUAUCUGCAGAGGUGGCAAUGCCGUUGCUGUUUCUCGAGAUCACAAGCCAGACCAAAGUGAUGAGCGACAACGUAUUGAGGAUGCUGGAGGAUUUGUGAUGUGGGCUGGAACGUGGAGAGUUGGAGGAGUACUUGCGGUUUCUCGUGCAUUUGGUGACAGGCUCUUGAAGCAGUAUGUUGUUGCUGAUCCAGAAAUUCAGGAGGAAAAGAUUGAUAGCUCUCUUGAGUUUCUUAUUCUUGCAAGUGAUGGAUUGUGGGAUGUUGUUACAAAUGAGGAGGCUGUUGCAAUGAUAAAACCAAUUGAAGAUCCAGAAGAGGCUGCAAGGAGUCUCAUGCAAGAGGCAUACCAGAGAGGUAGUGCUGAUAACAUUACAUGUGUUGUUGUCCGCUUCCUGGCCAAUCAAGGGGGUUCCUCUUGCAGUAACCCAGCCAAUCAUGGGGGUUCCUCUUGCAGUAACCCAGCCAAUCAUGGGGGUUCCUCUUGCAGUAACCCAGCCAAUCAUGGGGGUUCCUCUCAAACGAGUCUUACCAAUCAUUGGGGUUCCUCUCACGGUAACACAACCAAUCAUGGGGAUUCCUCUCACAGCAACCCUGCCAAUAAUGGGGGCGCCUCUCACACUAAUUCGACCAAUCAAGGGAUUUUUUCUCACAAUAGCCUGACUAAUCAUGGGGGUUAUUCUCGCAGUAACCUGGCCAACCUGAUCAAUCAAGAAGGUUCUUCUCACAGUGACCCAGCCAAUCAUGGGGGCUCCUCUCACAGUAACCAGACCAAUCAAGGGGAUUCUCACAGUAACCCGGUCAAUCAUGGGGGUUUCCUCUCAUAAGCACCUUCUAAGUUUGGCUUUCUAGUUGAUGAGAGAGAGAUGAGGUGAAACUUCAAUAGUAAUAGCCAGUUGUAGAAAACCCACUAUAGCAUUGUAUAUCCAGUUAUAUUAUACUAUAUAUCCAGCUGCUAAUCUUUGUUAUAAAUAUAACCAACCUCAGUGUGCACUGUUGAAUUUGUGAAGGGUUUGAAGACAAUUAUGCACUUGUUUCUGCU